AUGCGUCUCAGCCAAAACCCCGCUGCCUUCCAGCGCUGCGCAAAGAGCUCCAUGUUCGAGAGCGACGACUCCGGCUCCGCAGACGUGGAGCAGAUGGGCGAGGUGCGCUCCCCGAGCUCGGGGCCCCCCAGCCCGGUGUCCGUGAACUCGGACUCCAGCUGCCACAGCCCCGAGGCCAAGUCUUCCUCCGCGCAGAUGAGGGUGAGGAGGCCGCUGAACGCCUUCAUCAUUUGGACCAAAGAGGAGCGCAGGCGGCUGGCGCAGCUCAACCCAGACCUGGAGAACACGGACCUCAGCAAAAUACUCGGAAAGACCUGGAAGGCCAUGUCCCUGGCUGAGAAGCGUCCCUACAUGCAGGAGGCCGAGCGGCUGAGGGUCCAGCACACCGUCGAUUAUCCCAACUACAAGUACAGGCCGCGCCGGAGGAAGCAGCUGAAGAAGAACUCCAAGCUGCAGACGGCUGAGGCCACCAUGCCCACGCUGUGCAGCCCAGGCCUCGCGGUGCCCUACAACCUCGCCUACCUGCUCCAGAACCAGCAGCCGCACUUCCCAAGCUCGCCCGCUUACCCAGCUAACUUCACCACCCCUCUGUACAGCAGCUACCAGAACACGCUGGUUUACCCGGACUCAGCAGCAGCAGCAGAAGCUUUCUCCAAUAAGCCCGUGUCAUACUCUAAUCCGGCCGCUUACCCUGCAGAGCACCAGCUGUACUUCGGAGGUCAGCAGGGUCACGUGCAGUACGGCUUCCCCGCAGUGCCCCACGCCGAGCAGGGGGAGUCCCGGGUCUACGGGGGCCCGCUGAGUCCGGCCGGGCCCUCCCUGGAGUUCUACCUGGAGCAGGUUCAGAUGGACAUGCUGUACGACCUGGACCGCAGCGAGUUCGAACAGUACCUGGGUCCCACUCCCAACAGGCCCGAGUCAGUGGAUCCCAGCAGCUACCACCAGCAGAGCAGCCACAGAGAGGGACGCUCGGUGUCAUGA